AAAUCCCAGACGAGUUUAACCCUAGGCUGCCCGUCCGUGGAGAGUGGUGUUGUGAGCCCCGUUUUGGUAUAGGCGUCUAUGAAUCUUACUUUUUAGGUGGCCUUAGGUUUCCUUUAAAUGCCUUCGAUAGAGAGUUAUUAGUUAAGUUAGGUUUAGGUGUUUGUCAAUUCAAUCCUAACGCAUGGAGACUAAUUAUCUCCAUGCAAAUUUUGUGGAGGGAAGUUUUUGGUGGGGACCGUCCUCUUACAGUGGACGAGUUCCUUUAUUGUUAUAAACCUUCUGCCAUAAGUCAAUCUGAAGGUUUUUAUCAGUUUACUGCUAGAGGGAAUGAUUGUAGGUUGAUCAAGUCCCUAGCUUCGUCUGAUAGGAAAUGGAAGACGGAGUUCAUUUUCGUUUCAGGCUUCUGGGCAGGGAACCCUGUGGACGUUGGCAGGGAUCCCUUUCCCCCUUACACUGGGGAACUAGGGAACCUUCGUCCAGAAGCUGCCAAACGUCCGUCCCUGAGUAAAUUCCAUCGUGACCGCGUCCAUAGAGCUCGUCUACAUACAGACAGGAGCUUUCGUUCUCUUGUCACGCUAAGACGCUUAGCCAAGUGGGGUUUAGGUCCUGAGCCUUCAGACGAAGCUAUCGCCCACGAAGUUACUGUGCGAAAAAGAAUGUCAACAAUGAAAGAGAAUAGAGGGAAGGAGAUUGCAGGAGAGGGGAAACGUCCUGAGGGUCAAGCCCAAGAUCGUCCUGAGGGUCAGACUCGUCCAACGGUUGGGGACAAAAGGAAGUUCUUGCCAAAAAAUAUUGACUUGGAAGGGCUCCCCAGUCGUAGGGACAAAAGGGUCAAGUCAGGCUCGUCCAAGGUGGUCAAGUCCAAACCUCCCCAGUCCCAGCCUGCCGUCCAGAUAGUUGAUGUGGACUCGUCCACUCCAGUGGAGUCCACGCCGUCCAAGACUCCACCCAGAACUCCUUUGGCCAAGUCUACCACGCCUGGCUCGUCCCAAUGGCUGUCAAGGACGAAGAUAUAA